CCAACUGUUUCGAGAUGACAUAGAUGACACUUUCCUUUUCUCAACUGAUCAUUCAGCAACAAUCCUCACCAUCACCAUCACCAUGUCUUCCCCUAAUGUCAAGGCUGCCGUGGACGAGGCACUCGCCCGCUAUGAAUCCAACAAUCCCAAGUCCAGGGCCCUUUACCAAGACGCUGUCAAGCAUCUUCCCGGCGGAAACACACGUAGUUUAUUGCACACAAAUCCCUUCCCAAUCAUGGUCAAGAGCGGCCAAGGCCACAUGUUGAUCGACGAGGACGGCCACAAGUAUCACGACUUUAUUGGAGAGCUUGCCGCGGGUCUUUUCGGACACAGCAACCCCCUCCUAAUCAAGGCCCUAACCGACGCAGCCAACACCGUCGGCCUCUCCUUGGGAGCAACCCACGUCCAAGAGGCCCGAUACGCACAACUCCUGUGCGAGAGGUUCAACCUCGAGAGGAUCAGGUUCUGCAACUCGGGAACGGAAGCCAAUCUGCACGCCCUCGCCGCAGCAAGGAAGUUCACCGGCCGGAGGAAGGUCGUGGCCUUCAAGGGGGGGUAUCACGGGAGCGUCUUGGCCUUCGGCGCCGGACAACCUCCCCGCAAGGGAGAGACGGAGCCGGCAUUUCGACUCGGCCCGGCGGAGAACAACGUCGAUCUGCAGGACUUUAUUGUUCUCCAGUACAAUGAUGUAGCUGCCGUCCGUCAGCUGCUCAGCUCGCCGCAGAAGAGCGAAAUUGCAGCGGUUUUGGUGGAGCCUAUGCAGGGUUCGGGCGGAGCCAUUCCUGCCAGCGAGGAGUUCCUGUACGCAAUUCAGGAGGAAUGUGCCAAGGCAGGAAUCAUAUUCGUCCUCGACGAAGUCAUGACCUCCCGCACCGGCCCAGGAGGCAUCAAGUCCCUCUUCCCCGCCUCUCGGCCCCUCCGUCCGGACAUCACAACCCUAGGAAAAUACCUCGGCGGCGGCAUGCCCAUCGGCGCGUUCGGCGGGUCAGAGGCCGUGAUGGCGGUCUACGACCCGCGCCUCGCGGGCGCCAUGUUCCAUUCCGGCACGUUCCAGAACAACACGCUGAUGUUGCACAUGGGGUACGCGGCAAUGUCCCAGGUCUACACGCCAGCCAAGGCGAUAGAGCACGCCGGUCGGGGCGAGGCCCUGCGCGAGAAGCUCCGGGCAGUGACCAGGGGUUCCAAGGUGUUUGUUUCGGGCAAGGGGACGCUGAUGUUUGUGCAUAUCUCCCGGAAAUGGGGCUCGUCGGACAACGGGUUUACGUGCAAGGAAGACGGAGGGGACGAGGAGUGGGACCUGAAGAGCCUGUUCUGGAUGCACAUGUUGGAGGAGGGGUUCUGGGUGCAGAGGCGAGGCAGCAUUGCUCUGAUCUUGGAUACCCCACAGGAGGUGCUUGACGGGUUUGUGGCUGCCGUUCAGAGAUUCAUCGAGAGAUAUGCCGCUCUUGUCAGACUGUAACAGUCUCAUAUUUCUGCACUAGUGUAAUUAGAGCUAAUUAAUUUGUGUCUUCAACAUGCACCUGGCCUCUUGUUUCUGUACCAAGG